AUGGAAAUCGCAGAAAUGCUCGAGCGUAGAAGGAUUAACAUCUGCUGCCUUCAGGAAACCCGAUGGAAAUCGAAUGAUGUCUGUCAUGUCAACUCAGACAAAGAAAAAUAUAAACUAUUCUGGAAUGGUCAAAAAACGGCCAAAAAUGGUGUUGGAAUUUUUGUCAGAGAACUGCUAGCCCAAGAAGUACUGGAUAUUAAAAGGAUUAAUUCACGUCUCAUGUGGAUCAAGCUUCGCAAAGAAAAGCAAACAAUGAUAAUUUUUUUUGCAUACGCACCACAGACAGGCGAAUCAGAAGAGAUGAAAAAUGACUUCUGA